AAGCGAUGUUCAAUUGACCGUCUCCACCAAAACUGGUGAGCUUCACCCCCACAAAUUCCGCACUUCCGGAGUUUGUGCGAGUUGGACUGCUCGGUCUCUACCGCUUGCAUCGUGGCGCAGUCGAGAGCUCGUUCGGUCUCCAGUGCUUUGUUUCGCUUUUGCGUCUUGGUGGAGAUACCAGGUAUCAGCACUCAGGCAACACGAGUUUUGGUGGAGCACAACAGCAUUUUCACCGAGAACCAGAAGCCACACAAAAUAGACAGCAGAUACACAAAACCACCAUGUACGAGGCUGUACAUCACAAGAACGCAGGGAGCGAGGGCCAAAAUUCGGCCUCGAGCUCCCCGCGCUCAAUUAAAAACUCGCUAUCGUUUAUCCUAGACGAAGCACCCGGUGACAAGCGUACUGCGAGCUCUGCUGAACUGGACGAAUCUUCCGCGUCCAAAUGCUUGCGACCAUCGGUAUCCGCUAACAGCAUCAGUAAUUUAUUGGCGCCGGUCGUCGACGAGAACGACGUACGCAACGCCACCAGAGCCACAACGCCGUCGGGACGAAAGAGCAGUAAAUACUGCAUUGUUGAAGGCUGCGUUAGCCGAGCCAAACACGCGCGACGCUGCUGGAAGCAUGGCGGUUCGGUGAAAUGUAAGGUGGUUGGGUGUCGAAAUCGCGCCAAGACGAAGGGAGUAUGCUGGUCACAUGGAGGUGGCACCAGCUGCAGUGUCGACCAAUGCACGACCAUCGCAGUAUCGAAUGGAGUUUGCUGGGCGCACGGCGGGGGAAAGCGCUGUGUCACACCGGGGUGCUCAAGACCUGCCUACGAACGGACCAGGAACAUGUGCUCCAUGCACUACAACGCGGAGUUAUCUACCAAUCUUUCAGCUUCUUGAAUCGACUGAAUCGACGGGACGGAGUCACCGA